AUGACCACCCCCACCUUUAUCAAUCUACCUCCUCCUCCCUCCGACCCAGUCACUCCGGACAUGGGACCAGGUACUCCAAACUCCGGCACUACGUCCCUCUCCGCACUGUCGACGACAGCCAUCAAAGACGGGCACAGAGGCCAGACCUUCGGCCACCCGCGACAUGCGCACCAGUCCUCCUCAGCAUCCACGUCCUCCACCACAACCCUUGAAGCCGAGCGCGCCGACCGCAUCUCCCGUCUCGCGGGUCUCGAGCGGGUUGCGACCGCCCGUGCAGGCGGCCAGUCCCCAUCCAAUGCUGCAACACCCGUGUCGUACACCCCGGGGUAUUUCGACAGCCAGGCCGCAUUGGCACUGAAAGAGCGCAGCACCGUCGGGAGUGCCAGUGCCACGGGAAGCAUUGGCCACACGACCUGGGCCAGCAGCAGCGACGCCUUUGAUGCCGACAAGAUGAGCGAGGACCCGGACGUAGACGACGGUGUCUCCAGCGUCAGCAACGUGAGCGACGAAGGCAACGCGAGCCUCGUUGGCUUUGGCGAGGGCGCAAAUAGCACCAUCAGCGGCCCGACCUCCCGUCCUGCAGGCCUCAACCGCUUGUCCUCGGGGGGUGCUCGACCCACCUCUUUUGGCAGCUCGAAUGUCGGUCGUCCGAACCCCCUAACAUCCUACCUACAACAACAACAACAGCAACAUCCCGGGGACAGUCCUAUGAUGUCGCCUUCCCCUGCUGGCUCGAUGACUCCUGAACCUGUUGCGGAGGAUGCGAGGAUGCUCGAUGGCAUGACUUACGAUCCUGAUAUUGUCGAUACCACCGCUCGCACGCCGCGCCUGGUGACACCUUCCAAUCGGAGCAACAGUGGUUUUGGAACACCGAGCCGUGAAUAG